AGCCAUUAUUUUAAAAAAUAAAUAUGAAAAUGUAAAAAGAAAUGUAAAAAAACAAUACGCUGAGGAGAAAACUUUUAGUCGAGGUACUGGUGGCGGUCCAACUAAAGUGUUUCAAGGAACAUCAAUCACAUCGACAGUUGGUGAAAUCCUACAAACCAGAAUGACAGGUGAAACCUCUAUCUAUGAUUCAGAUACUAGUAAUUUGCAAUAUUGUAAUGCUGAAUUGGAAACUGUUACAUUGGAACAUCAGUAUAUUGAACCUGUACAUGUUUCAAAUGGUGAAUAAUGACAUCGUAACAUUAAUGUUUAGUGACAUUGAUCCUGUUAAUGAAUCAACAACUCGUGAACAAUAUAAUGGACAGUCACAGUUUUCAGCCACCAAACGGGACUGGACAACUUACUCUCCAGCUGAUUUGAAAUCUAGGUCAAAUUUAACAAACAAUAAUGCAGCUUCAGAUAAUAAUGUGACAAAAAAAAAAGACAUAUCAGGACAAAAUAAACAGUUGGGCAUCAACUAGAGCCUCACUGAGUAAAGAACAAAAGUCUGCUUUUACUGAACAUCAUAAACUUAAAAUGCAUCUCAAGCAAGAAAAACACAAU